CUUUCGGUGGCGGACCGGGGAAAUCCUGACAUGAGUUUUGCUCUCUUCAUCUCUGGGUGGUCGAUAUGAAAUUGCUUUUGCUGGCCUGCCUCAGCCCACACACUGGAAACUGCACCACUGCCCAGAGGAUCAGGGGACAUGUCGAGUCAGCGGGCCACACCUGUAUCCUCCGAGAUGUCACCAAUUUCCAGUCCCCAGGUGACGUGGCGGUGCUGCUCAGCAGGGAGACUCCUUUCGAUGGCCUUCUGGCCAUCCAUCUGUACAAAGGAGGGCGGCUUCUUCUAGGCAGCCAGGUGCCCUAUGGAAUCAUUUUUGGUGGAACAGACAUCAACGAGGAUGUGAAGGAUGCUACCAAGCGAGCCGUGAUGGAGCAGGUGCUGGAAGGAGCAAGGUUUGCCGUUGCCUUCUCGACCAAGAUGAAGGAGGACGCCGAGCGGCUGUGGCCGUCCUCGGCCAGUAAGGUCCAUGUCCAGCCCCAAGGGAUCAUGACCAAUGCGGCGCCCGGGUUCUGCUGGAGCGACUUUUUGAGGAGCGCAGGUGUGAGGGACGCAGGUGAGGACCUCCGCGUGUUCCUCCUCGUCUGUGGCCUCCGGAGAGUGAAGGACCCUCUCUACCUGGUGGAGGCUUUCUCAGAGUGGCAUUGCGAGGAGCCGUCCGUGGUGCUUGUCAUCAUUGGACCGAAGAUGGAUCCCAUCUUUUCUGUUCAAGUGGAAGAGAAGCUCCGAAGGGCUGCAGGGGUCUUCUUGGCCCCAGAGAGGAGUCGGGAGGAGCUCCACGCAGCGCUCCAGCGCUCCUUCGCCUUGGUCAACAGCUCCAUCUCCGAGGGGAUGUCCGCCGCCAUCCUGGAGGCCAUGGACCUGGGCGUGCCCGUGGUGGUCAGGGAUGUGCCAGGCAAUGCUGCCAUCGUUCGCCACGAGGAAACAGGACUUUUGUACUCGAGCCCUCAGGAGUUUGUGUCCCUCUCCAAGAGGCUGCUGGGAGACGGCGGUCUGCUGGAGCGCCUGGUGGCGAACGGGAGGUGCUACAUCCAGCAGUUCCACAGCAUCUCCAAGGAGAGGGAGGGUUACCAGCAGUUUGUGGAGCUCCUGCGCUGAGCAUCGCUUCCAGCUGCCGUAGACCCCC